AUUUACACGUUCAAUUCUUUUCAGCAGGACUUAGCAUGACACCACAAAAUGUACUUUUCAGGUACCAAUUUUGACCAUCCCGAAUUUUAUUAAGCUCAUUUUGUAGUCAUAAUUUUGUGACCUUAUGGUCAUUAGCUAAAAAGAGAUGACGCGGACACGAGAGCUCGAAACUUUGAAUAAAGUUACAAAAGAAAUGAUUGAAACCCUGUCAAACGUGCGGAAUCGAAAAUCGGAAAAAGAGACAAAUAUAAUAAACAGCUCCGAAACUCUGAGGACACUGGGUGUUAAGCUGUCUCGCAUUUCGAAUGACCUCACCACUGAAAUAUAUGGAUCUACUAAGAACAAGCAACUGCAGCGGAGAGCAACAACAUCGAACAUGAAAAUUCAACAUGCGUGCAAAAUGGUAGUCAGUUACGGAGUCAGACAAUCAUACCAGGAACUUCCUAUUAAGGAGAGUGAAAGGGACGUGUCGCAAAGAAUAGAAACCGAAAUUUCCCUCAUGAAAAAUAUUUUGGUGAAGGAGCGUGAACUGAAGGAAGCCCAGUGCCGCUACUCUCUAUUCAUGGCAGAAAAACGUAGACUACUCAGAGAGGGCUACUGGUGACACACAUACAGAAACAUCCGGACACUUGCUCUUAGGACAUUAAAUAGCGUCAUGGUACAUUCCAGACAUGGUACAUCUUAUGACUUCAGAAACCACGACAGUAGAAAAAAGCGCAAAAAUUUCGACGUUACAGAAGCCCAAAAGACACCAUGGUGUUCAAGAAAAAGUCUUGAUAAUUGUUCACACUAAAGUUUAAUGUUUCUUGGUUUGUCUUUUGAUUUCAUUUUAAGUUCAGUUCAUUUCCUUUGAUAAAACGAGGGCAAA